AUGUGUUCUAUCUGUAAUGCAGCAUUGUCAUGUUUCUGUCAGACAUGUCAGGAAGGGAACCUUUAUAUAAGAAGUAUAGCCUUUGUAUACUUCAGUUAUCCCAUCCCAAAGGAAUUGCUUGCUCGCAUCAAGAAUGAUACAAGUGUGUUGCCUCGUAUAGGUGCAUUGAGAGAGAUGAAUUUGGAGUACUUUCCCAUAGAUACUCAGGUAAUCAUUGAUUCAUCUGCAUAUGUCACUGACCAGGAAAUGGCUUUAGAGGAACUCUUUGGGGAUAAUGCUGAGACUUCUAACAAAUUUGAAGCUUGCUUGAAUUUGAUGGCAACCAGAGUAGCUACAAUUUUUGCUUCAUUAAAGGAGUUCCCUUUUGUGCGCUACCGUGCUGCCAAAUCAGUUGAUUCAUCCGCAGAGAAAACAUCCCGUGAUUUAGUUCCCACAAAGCUUGCAGCUGCUGUUUGGAAUCGUAUUGCAUCAUAUAAGUCUACUAUUCCCAACUUCCCCCAGACUGAAACAUGCGAGUUACUCAUCCUUGACCGAUCUGUUGAUCAGAUUGCUCCUGUAAUUCAUGAAUGGACUUAUGAUGCCAUGUGCCAUGAUCUACUGGAUAUGGAUGGAAAUAAAUACAUGCAUGAGGUACAUCUUCCCGAUUGUAGGAUUUUUCUAUGGAGAAAUUCUUAUGAAAAGAUUGUUGUUGAAGCUAACACGUGCUUAAUAUUAGCAGACGCUAGUGAACGGUUGCACGAAAGAAUGACAAACUUUAAGUCAAAGAACAAAGCUGCACAAUUACAACAGAGAGAUAGUAGCGAAUUAUCCACAAGGGACUUGCAAAAGAUGGUUCAGGCUUUGCCUCAAUAUAAUGAACAAAUGGAGAAGCUUUCUCUGCAUGUGGAGGUUAGUUUUAUAUUCACAUAUCGUGUAGAACUCAGGAAUGGCUUACAAGUGAAUUGGUGGUCAGGUUUUGCUAUCAGGCUGAUUAUUUACUUGUUUCUAGUACAGAUAGCUGGAAAGAUUAACAAAAUCAUCAGAGAUACGGGACUUCGGGACCUUGGGCAACUCGAGCAGGAUAUUGUCUUUGGUGAUAAAGGAACAAAAGAUAUAAUCACUCAUUUGAGGGCAAAUCAGGCAGGAAUUAUAUCUGAUGAAGGUAGUGAAAAUAAGUUGCGUUUACUAAUGAUUUAUGGAUCUGUUUACCCUGAGAAAUUUGAGGGUGAAAAAGCUUCAAAGCUUAUGCAGUUGGCAAAAUUAUCACCUGAGGAUAUGAAAGCUGUGAAAAAUAUGAGAGUGCUUGAGGGAUCCGAUGGCAGGAAGACAGCAACUGGAGGUUUCUCUCUCAAAUUUGAUGGUCAUAAGAGGAAGCAUGCCGCAAGAAAGGAUAAAACAGGAGAGGAAGAAACAUGGAUGCUUUCUCGAUUUUAUCCCGUGAUAGAGGAGUUGAUUGAACAACUUAGCAAAGGUGAAUUGCCAAAGGAGGAGUAUCAGUGUAUGAAUGAACCUGCACAAACAGCUCGCCCAGGAAGUACACGCACCCUGAAUGCAUCUGCAAAGACAGGUCAAUCCACUGCUCCAGUUCCUGCUCCACAUUCAAUGAGAUCUAGACGGACACCAACUUGGGCAAAGAGAGGCCAUUCUGAUGAUGGGUAUUCAAGUGACUCAGUUGUCGGGAAUGUGUCUACUGAUUUUAAGAAGAUGGGGCAGCGCAUUUUUGUAUUCAUUAUUGGGGGGGCAACUCGAUCUGAGUUGCGGGUUUGUCACAAGCUUACGACAAAGUUAAGGAGGGAAGUUGUCCUGGGUUCGUCUAGCAUAGAUGACCCACCACAAUAUCUUACGGAUAGCAGGAUAUUCAACAUCUUGUUAUCUUUUUUCUGGUCAAAGUAUCUGAUGGCAGUUGAUUUGGACGAUCAUGUAAAAUUUCCCUAA